AUGGUUAAACGAGUACUUGCUGCAUUACAAGUGGCACCGGAAAAAACCACUAAAGAAACUCUUGACAAGAUCUUGAGUUAUGAACAGGAAUUACUUGACGCCAAUGUCGAUUUAGUCGUUAUCCCUGAAGCCACAUUGGGUGGGUACCCCAAAGGUUCAACAUUUGGUUGUUAUUUGGGUUACCGAUUACCAAUUGGACGUGAGCAAUUUUUGCAAUAUCAUCAACAAGCAAUAACCAUUCCAGGACCAGAAACGCAAAUUUUGGAAUCCUUUGCCACAAAAUUGAAUGCCACCAUAGCCAUUGGUGUAAUUGAAAAAGGUAAUGGGUCAACAUUGUAUUGCUCUAUAGUUUACAUUGAUCCCAAACGUGGCUAUGUUGGCAAACAUCGCAAAUUGAUGCCAACAGGUUCAGAACGAUUGGUUUGGGGACAAGGUGAUGGAUCAACCAUCCCCGUGAUUGAGAGCUCAGUAGGCAAGAUUGGUGGUGCCAUAUGUUGGGAAAACUAUAUGCCAUUAUUACGGCAAUGUUACUACUCAAAGGGAAUUGACAUUUGGGUGGCUCCUACAGUUGACAUGAGAGAUAUUUGGCGGUGUUCAAUGAGAACUAUUGCUUAUGAAGGUAGGAAUUUCUUGGUUAGUGCUGUCCAGUUUAUGCCCGCCGUUGCCAAUGAAGAAGAUACUCCUGUUGGUUGGCCCAAGGGUGAAAACUUGAGUAAUGGAGGUAGUAUUAUUGUUAGUCCCAUGGGUGAAAUUAUUGCUGGUCCGUUGGUUGGUAAAGAAGGGUUAAUCACUGCGGAAGUUGACACUGAUGAUGUUAUUAGAGCUAGACUUGAUUUUGAUGCCGCUGGUCAUUAUGCUCGAAACGAUGUUUUCAAGUUGACUGUUGAUGAAACACCAAGGGAUGUUCGGUUUGUUAAUGAUAAAAGUUGA